AUGGGAAGUUCAUGCAUUUCUAAUUAAAAAGACACUACUUUUGAAGAUUUAUAUUUCCCUUAGGUAAGCACACAAUAUAUGGGCAUUUAAAAUAUCAACUAGACGAUUAUAGGUGACUUCCAGCAAGUGAAAUUGCUUAAGGAAUCCUUGGAAGAAGGAAUCCAAAUUUCUAAUAUUCAAACCAUUGUAAUUACUCCAAGUUGUGAGUAGGAAGGGGCGAAACUUGUUAGUCAAUUAGUGAAACUGGGAAACCAUUUUUCAAUAAUCUCUAAAAGAGUACCUGAAAUUCCUCCUGUAAGCGAAAGGUCAAUUUCUAAGAAGGGCAUUUUAAAAAAUAAAUAGGACAUAAAUGUUACUUAAUCUGCAGAUGGAGGUUAUCUCUUUCCAGUUCCGAAAAGAAAAAAUGGAAAAAAUAUCAAAUUCUAAGGAUGA